GACCGAGAAAAACUCAAACACUGAUUUGCUUUUGCUUUUUUCUCUUGCGUACGUGCUUCUGAUGUAGCUAUCGGCGUAGAAAAAAAAGUAGUUGUGUGUGUUUAGAAAAGAACAACUGCCACAGUACAAUAGAUUUUUAUAAACCCCAUCAAAAGGGCUGGGGAAUAUUUUGUAUUUACAAUUCCGGAGCCACUAUUUUUGAGUCUGACUGUUACUUUUUUGGAGUCGCUUGAUGUGGCACUACAGGAUCAUUAACAUAUUGGAGUUUCACUUUAGUGGAAACCUCAAUUUAAUAAAAUUCCUCUUCUUGGACCUCUGCUCCAGCUACAAGUAAAGUGCAAGCCCAUCCAUCAACUCCACGCUUUUACUAUUGUCACUUUCAACGCUGCCUGAAGUUUUUCCAUGCGUUCAGAGGAUUCUCUGUCACACGCCAUGCCAGCUGACCAGGCCUUUGUCACCAUGGCCACCACCGACAGCUACUGCAUGGGCGCUCUGGUCGUGGGUCAGUGUUUACGACGGCACGGGACCACGCGGCGGACUGUUGUGAUGGUCUCUCCGAACGUUUCUAGUCAGGCACGAGAUGCCCUUGGCCAUGUGUUUGACCAGGUCCUGGUAGUGGACCUCCUGGACAGUGGGGACCGGACACACUUGUACUGGCUGAGACGACCAGAACUGGGGGUCACUUUCACCAAGUUCCACUGUUGGACUCUCACCCAGUACAGUAAAUGUGUAUUCCUGGAUGCAGACACGCUUGUGCUGUGUAACGUGGAUGAGCUGUUUGAGCGUGAGGAACUAUCCGCAGCCCCGGACCCUGGCUGGCCGGACUGUUUUAACUCGGGGGUGUUUGUGUUCAGGCCCUCUCUGGACACCCAUGUCAGGCUGCUGGAGCACGCACGCCAAUACGGCAGCUUCGACGGUGGAGACCAGGGCCUCUUAAACACAUUCUUCAGUGACUGGGCUAUUAGAGACAUCAGAAAACACCUUCCUUUUGUGUACAACCUCAGUGCCAACGCAAUCUACACCUAUCUACCUGCUUUUCAAGAAUAUGGUCACAAUGCCAAGAUUGUCCACUUCCUGGGUUUGGUUAAGCCAUGGAAUCUACGUUCUAACUCACAGACCAAUCAGCUCAUCAACAUCCACCUGGAAGAGUUUGUUUACCAGUGGUGGACGGAGUACUCUUACACACUCCUCCUUAUAAAGAAUAAGUGGCCUAAAGAACCUGCUGGGCCAACGCAACCUUCUGUUCCAGUGCAGCCUUCGGUACCAAUGCAACCUGCUGUUCCAGUUCAGCCUUCGGUACCAAUGCAACAUGCUGUUCCAGUGCAGCCUUCGGUACCAAUGCAACCUGCUGUUCCAGUGCAGCCUUCGGUACCAAUGCAACCUGCUGUUCCAGUUCAGCCUUCGGUACCAAUGCAACAUGCUGUUCCAGUGCAGCCUUCGGUACCAAUGCAACCUGCUGUUCCAGUGCAGCCUUCAGUACCAAUGCAACCUUCAGUACCAAUGCAACCUUCUGAUCCAGUGCAACCUGCUGUACCAAUGCACCCUUCUGAUCCAGUGCACCCUUCUGAUCCAGUGCUCCCUUCUGAUCCAGUGCACCCUUCUGAUCCAGUUCAACUUGCAGGGCUUGCAGGGCCAAUGCAACAACAUAGCCAGGAAAUGCAAGAGAAGCCAGAGGCGAGGGAGGACCCGGUGUCGUUUAUAGAGGACCUCACCGAGUCAUUACUCAGUGAAGCCACUCUUUUCACAGGCAUACCUGGUCCACCGACACAGUCCAGGGAGACGCAUGGCCAACCUGAGGAUGUAGUCCCCUUGGAGGAGAGAGGAGCCAGAGUCAGUGCAUCUUACCAGGACCCACCUGGAUCCAGUGAGGAGGGGUCAGAGUUAACCGAGAUGGCCCACAACAUCAUGGCAGACCAUGACACAGAGCCUAGACAGAGGGGCAUGAUCUGGAUCGGCGCAGGCAGUGGGAGCUCGGCCAUGUUGACUACCUGGGCAAAGACGCCUUCGACAAUAUUCAGAAAAAACUUGACAGGUUUUUGGAUUCGUAGUCUGUGUGGUAAUACACUUAAGGACCGUAAAGCAAGGUUGAUUUUUUUUUAUACGUGUUCUAUCUACAGUUUAGGCCGCCACACCUUUGUUUUCUUUUUGUUUACUUAUGUAGUCGAGCAAUAAUCAACUUGGUUACACAUAUGAUUUAACAAAAACAAAAAAUAAUCUGGUUGAAAUGUUUUCCUUAUUUGACUAUUCUGCUGAAAAUCUGUGGGACACAUGAACAUGGUCGCAAUGCUGCCACUAGAGGACACUGUGGCAUUUCAAAUGAAGCACAGUUCUUGAAAAAAGUGAGUAAUCCGCCCUAUCGGGUUCAGGGCACAUUCCUGCAGUGGGCAGCUGUUGAGUUCAGAGGUGGAAUAUGCAGUGGUUUUCAACCCUCUCUUGGAGAGCCAUAGCCAUUUCCUUGUAUUAUAUAUAUUCCAAUGGUGACACUGGAAUCGACUUGUCUACAAAGUGUCAAACCCUGUGACUCCAGUUCAGGGCUACAACAACACUGUCUGAAGUCAUGGGGUCAGCCCCCCGGGGGAAAGGAUUGAAAACCAUUGAAUGUGGCAUAGGAGAUAACUUCUGUUUGACUUCACAUGAAACAAGACUACUGUGGAGUUUUUAAUCCCCACGCUACACUAGAGUGCAUACCAGCUAAUUUCUGUAUGAUGUGUUUGAACAAUGGUAGGUCCCAUAUUGACAGAAGUGAAGCAACAGGUAGCAGCCAAGAUAGAUUAGAAUUAUGCUUUUUUUAUUUUUACUGUAAUUAAAAGUCAGCACUUUCAUUUGAAGCAGUAUAAAAAAAAUACUGAUGACAAUCAUAUCC